AUGUCGCGUCCGCCUGGCGCAGCUCCGAAUGACUCUACGACGGCUACAGAGCACAGCCCGCUGCUUGAGAAUGGCGCCAAUGGCAACGCGGGGCAGCGCGACAGCAAUGGAGCCGACAACAGCAUCCCGCUGGCCGAGGAGCCCAGCACAGCGAUGCUGGUGCUGACUCUAGGUAGUUGCUGGGUCGGUGUCUUUCUUGCAGCUCUAGACUCCACCAUCAUCGCGACCCUCAGCGCACCCAUCUCCGACUCGUUCAACUCAUUCACUCUAUUCUCCUGGAUUGCCACCGCUUACCUCAUCGCCAAUGCUGCCAUUCAGCCCCUGAGCGGGCGACUGACUGACAUAUUCUCGCGACGGACCGGUCUCAUCGUCUCGAAUGUCUUCUUCGGCGCUGGCAAUCUGAUAUGCGGCCUUGCAAAGAGCCAGAGCGUGAUGAUACUGGGCCGAGUUGUCGCCGGAAUGGGCGGUGGUGGACUGCUCACAAUAUCGACAUUUGUGACGACCGAUCUGGUGCCGUUGCGCCGGAGAGGGCUGUGGCAGGGCUUUGGAAACCUUUCGUUCGGACUGGGCAGUGGACUCGGAGGAGUGUUUGGCGGCUGGAUCAACGACGCACUCUCCUGGCGAUGGGCUUUCUUGAUCCAAGUGCCUUUCAUUGUGGCAUCCGGUCUGCUCGUCUACCUCACCAUCAAGAUCCCUGUCAAAGAGAAGAACAUGUCGCGCAUCAAGCGCGUCGACUUUCUGGGCAGCAUCACGCUGGUGACCAGCCUGGUUUUACUCCUCCUCGCGCUCAACUCGGGCGGUAACAUCGUGCCGUGGACGCAUCCGCUCGUCCUAGUCAGCCUGCCACUCUUUGCAGUCUUCCUCCUGGCCUUCAUCGCCGUCGAGGAUCGCGUAGCCGCCGAACCCAUCAUCCCGGUCCGCCUGCUCCUCAACCGCACCGUGUGGACCGCCUGCCUGACAAACUGGUUCACAACCAUGGCCGUCUUCGCCAUCCUCUACUACGGCCCCAUCUACUUCCAAGUCCUCGGCCUCAGCGCCACCCAAGCCGGCAUCCGCCUGAUCCCGCAGUCCAUCGGCACCGCCUCGGGCUCCGUCGCCGUAGGCCUCAUCACGCGCGCGACAGGCCGAUACUGGUACCUCAACGCGGCCAUCGAAGCGACCUUAGUCCUCGCCGUCGGGCUCGUAGCGGGGACCUUCUCGCAGACGACGCCAGCCUGGCCGCCCUUUGUCUACUUCUUCCUCAUCGGCGUCGGCUACGGCGGCAUGCUGACGACGACGCUCCUCGCCCUCAUCUCGGCCGUCGACCACGCCCACCAGGCCGUCGUCACGUCGGCGUCGUACGCCUUCCGCUCCACGGGCUCCUCGGUCGGCAUCUCCGUCGCCGGCGCCGUCUUCCAGAACGUGCUCAAGCGCGAGCUGUGGCGCCGCUUCGCCGGCCGCGACGGCGCGGACGAGGUCAUACGCAGGAUUCGUGACAGCGUGGGCGCGGUGCAGGGGCUGCCGCCCGAGUGGAAGGAGGGCGUGCUGGAGGCGUAUAUGCGGGCGUUGACGGCGGUGUGGUGGGCGACGUUUGGCAUCGCGGCGCUCGGUGCGCUGUGUAGUUUGGCCAUGGGGGAGCAUCGGUUGCAUAGUAAUUUGGCGAGGACUGAGGAUAGCGAUGACGGCGAAGACUGA